UUUCAACCUCACGUCAACGGGAUAGCAUGACCGGACAACAAGCAUCACUGUCUUUUGGUGAUUGAACAUGUUCACGACAAGGGUAUUACGAGCGCCUGCUCGUAGUGCUAUUCGCACAGCAACCAGAGCCUUCUCUGCACAGGCGCCGAGAUCAAGGUCGUCGGAACCCAAGAGCUGGACCCCAAUUCCAUAUAUCACAGAGACAAUAGGAGGUGGCUGGCGCACAUCCGAUAUCUUCUCCAAGCUCCUUCAAGAACGUAUUAUCUGCUUGAAUGGCGAAGUCAACGAGACUCUUUCCGCGGCCGUCGUCGCCCAGCUCCUCUUCCUCGAAUCCGACGCCCCUGACAAGUCCAUCACCCUCUACAUUAACUCCCCCGGAGGCUCCGUGACCGCUGGCCUUGCCAUCUACGACACCAUGACCUAUAUCACCUCACCCGUAUCCACUGUCUGCGUAGGUCAGGCUGCGUCCAUGGGCUCGCUGCUUCUCUGCGGUGGUGAGAAGGGAAAGCGAUUCUGUCUCCCGCACAGCUCGAUCAUGAUCCAUCAACCGAGCGGAGGGUAUUUUGGGCAAGCGUCUGAUAUCGCGAUCCACGCGACCGAGAUCCUGAGGGUGCGGAAACAGCUGAAUCAGAUCUAUAAGAAGCAUUUGACGAAGGAGCAUACGUUGGAGGAGAUCGAGAGGCUGAUGGAGAGGGAUAAGUUCUUGACUGCCCAGGAGGCCUUGGAGAUGGGUAUCGUGGAUCAGAUUCUGGACCGGAGGCUUCCAGAUGGUGACAAGGAAAAGACUCAGGAUAGCGGGUCAUAG